AAGUCGUUUUUGUAGCCGGCGUUUUGUUUUCGUUUAGUAAAUUUGUGAUUUUUGCGUUUUUUUUUGCUAAUUUAGAGUGCGAAAAUGAAGCGCAGAAGUCAAACCCAAGCCGCAGCUCCCAAGGAGACUAACAAAAAGGUCAAGGAAAAGUCGGGCGCCCUUACGCUGGACCAGUUUAGCUCUGAUGUUAUUUGGCAGCUUGCUUCCCAAUAUUGGUCUCCCGAUACUAAGGCGGAGCACUUGCCUUAUAAUGCAGGCAUCAUUGAGCAGAUUUACGCUGAUGAAAUGUCCAGCGGCAAAAGCAGCGCACGCCGCAUCAACAUGUUGGAAUUCAGUCAAUAUCUCGAACAGUAUUUGUGGCCCAAUUACAAGAGCGAGAAGGCAACACAUGCCCAUCUCAUGUCCAUUGUGAUCAUGGCCAAUGAAAAGUUUCGCGAACGCGUCGAAGUUUGGAACGUAUUCGAGCAACUGCCGGAGCAAUAUCCCGCAUUCUUUCGGCACGUUCUAGAGACUUGUUUGCCCAAGCCAGGAACAACUGAGAAUCGCAGCACCUUACGCGAACGAACUGCGCUGCUUAUGUUUCUAAAUCACUGCUUCAACAGCAUGGAAAUCGAACUGUGCCGCGAGCAGGCAAAACGUCUAGUUUCGCUCUCCAUGUGGCAUUGUUUGCAACCGAGACGUCGCGAGCAGGAGCUGCGUGAUGUGCCCGAGUGGCGCAAGUACUGGAAACGGCUGCAGAAGAAGGAGAAAGACAGUCCUAAGCCGGACGUGAUGUGGGAACGCCACUUUAUGCAGAAUCUCAUCAUUGACUUCCUGCGCAUUCUUGAACGCAUUCCACUCGAGGGCGAACUCAACAGCAAUGUGGUGCAUUAUUGCGAGCGCUUCCUCGAGUUCAUCAUUGACUUGGAAGCGCUCUUGCCCACACGUCGUUUCUUUAACACUGUGCUCGAUGAUUGCCAUUUGAUAGUGCGGGCGUUGAUGAGCCCGUUGGUGCAGCGUGAGGAAGGAAAACUAUUUGGUCAGUUGUUGGAUAUGCUCAAGUUCUACACCCGCUUCGAAAUCAACGAUGUGACGGGCAACUCUCUGACGGAUCAUGAUAUGACCCAACUCCAUUACAAAAAGAUCACCUCACUGCAACGUGCCAUGUUUGCGAAGUUCACCUCACUGCGCACCUUUGCCUUGUCCAAUGUGGCAACAGUUGACAAUCGUGAGUCGCUGGAGAAACACUUUGGUACUUUGGAUGCGAAUGGGCUCAAACAAAUUGCAUCGUUCCUCAAUUUGGUCCCAGAUGAGGCAGUAGAGCCCUUUCAAUGGCAUCGCUUGGAUGAGGAAUUCCUGCGUGAAUUACUGGUGACGCGACAUGAAAAACGUUGCUCACAACUAGAGGCACUGAAUGAGAUGCCGCUGUAUCCCACAGAGCAGAUCAUUUGGGAUGAGAAUGUGGUGCCAUCAGAAUACUACACUGGAGACACUUGUCUGGCACUGCCCAAGCUCAACUUACAGUUCCUUACGCUCCACGAUUAUUUAUUGCGCAACUUCAAUCUAUUCCGACUAGAGAGCACAUACGAGAUCCGUCAGGACAUCGAGGAUGCAGUUAGUCGCAUGCUACCUUGGCAAUCGGAGGAUGGCGACGUUGUUUUUGGUGGCUGGGCACGCAUGGCACUGCCCAUUGCUAGUUUUGCCGUUGUCGAAGUGGCCAAGCCGCAUCUAGGCGAGAAAAAGCCAUCACGAGUACGCGCCGAUGUGGGCGUAACACUCUCGGUGCGUCAUGAGAUCAAGAAGGAGUGGGAAAAUCUGCGCAAACACGACGUCUGCUUUCUGAUCACUGUCAAACCUACACAACCCUAUGGCACCAAAUAUAAUCCACGAGAGCCAUUCAUACCUCAAGUGGGCUUAGUCAGUGUGCGUGGGUGUGAGGUAGAGGGCAUGCUGGAUGCCAACGGACGUGUCAUUGAGGAUGGACCUGAGCCAAGGCCGCAGCUGCCUGGCGAACAGCGCAGUUAUCGCGUCUGGCUGGACUCCAAUCAGUAUCGCAUGGACAUGGACGAUUUGCAGGACGGUUCGGACGAUGUCUACGAGAGCUUUAAUAUACUGAUGCGUCGCAAGCCAAAGGAGAACAAUUUCAAGGCCGUGCUGGAAACCAUACGCCAUCUAAUGAACACCGAGUGUGUGGUUCCUCCUUGGCUGCAUGAUAUACUUCUAGGUUACGGCGAUCCGGGUGCAGCACACUACAGCAAUAUGCCCAAUCAGGAGCGCACGCUAGAGUUCAAUGACACCUUCCUCGACUACGACCACUUGAAGGCUAGUUUUCCCGACUAUGAACUGAAGUGUGAGGCUGCCGAGGGAAGCAGGGAGCCACCAUAUCGCCUUACGUUUGAAGAUGUUGCCGCGCAGCGGGACAGUGAUGACGAGGAGGAAACGGAGCAGAAAGCUACAACUAAAUCCAUUGCUGUGCAGCCAUACAAGUACGAGGCAAGAGGUCCCUAUCCCAGUGACAAGCCUAAGCAAAACUGCAUACGUUUUACGCCCACUCAAAUUGAAGCCAUCAGGGCCGGCAUGCAGCCGGGUCUAACGCUGGUGGUGGGUCCCCCAGGAACGGGUAAAACGGAUGUUGCCGUGCAAAUCAUUUCCAACAUCUACCACAAUCAGCCCAAUCAACGCACUCUUAUUGUAACACACUCCAAUCAGGCACUCAAUCAGCUCUUUGAGAAGAUUAUGGCGCUGGACAUUGAUGAACGGCAUCUGUUACGUCUCGGUCAUGGCGAGGAGACGCUCGAGACCGAAAAGGAUUACAGUCGCUACGGGCGUGUCAAUUAUGUGCUGGCCAAACGCAUGGAUCUGCUCAGCCAAGUGCAACGGCUUCAGGAGGCAGUCGGUGUCAGUGGCGAUAAUGCGUACACUUGUGAGACGGCAGGUUACUUCUUUCUAUACAAUGUGAUGGCACGUUGGGAAAAAUUCCAGAGCCAAAUCGAGUCGCAACGUGAGGAAACCGAUAUGCAGAAGUUGAGCGCACUGUUUGAGAAGGAGUUUCCCUUCACUAAAUUCUUUGCGGAUGCACCUCAACCACUCUUCAUGGCCAACAGCUUUGCGGAACUCAUGGGUAUAGCCGAGUCAAACUUCCGCUACAUCUCGGACAUAUUCACAGAGUUGGAGGAGUUCCGCGCUUUUGAGUUGCUGCGUACAGGACUCGAUCGCUCCAAGUAUUUGCUAGUGAAAGAGGCAAAGAUCAUUGCCAUGACCUGUACACAUGCAGCCCUCAAGCGUAAGGAACUGGUUAAUCUAGGCUUCCGCUAUGACAACAUCUUGAUGGAGGAGUCGGCGCAGAUCUUGGAGAUCGAAACAUUUAUUCCUUUGCUGCUGCAGAAUCCUCUUGAUGGGCUAAAUCGUUUAAAGCGCUGGAUUAUGAUUGGAGAUCACCACCAGCUGCCGCCUGUCAUCAAGAACAUGGCCUUCCAGAAGUACUCGAACAUGGAACAGAGUCUCUUCACGCGUUUGGUCCGUCUCGGCGUACCCACUGUCGAUCUGGAUGGCCAGGGUCGUGCACGUUCCAGUAUCUGCGAUCUGUACAAGUGGCGCUACAAAAAGCUGGCGGAUUUGCAGCACAUUUUCGAGCAUGACGAGUACAAGAAAGCAAAUGCUGGUUUGGCAUACGAUUAUCAGCUAAUCAAUGUAGAAGACUUCAAGGGCGUGGGUGAAAGCGAGCCCAAUCCUUACUUCUAUCAGAACCUUGCCGAGGCGGAAUAUAUUGUGGCUCUGUAUAUGUACAUGCGUCUACUGGGUUAUCCGGCUGCCAAAAUAUCCAUAUUGACCACCUACAAUGGUCAGAAGCAUCUCAUUCGCGAUGUCAUUAAUGCGCGCUGCGGCAACAAUCCACUCAUUGGCUGGCCGCAUAAGAUUACCACCGUGGACAAAUAUCAGGGCCAACAGAAUGAUUACAUACUCAUCUCCCUGGUGCGCACCAAGGCUGUGGGACAUCUACGUGAUGUUCGUCGGUUGGUUGUGGCUAUGAGUCGUGCUCGACUCGGUCUCUAUGUCUUUGGUCGCGUCUCGCUGUUUAAGAACUGCCUGGAACUACAACAGACUUUUAAAUUGCUCACACAACGUCCGCUGAAGCUGCGAGUAGUGUCAAGCGAUGAUUAUCCAACUGAGCGACUUACCACUGAUCCGGUCAGCAAUGACUCCAGGACAAUAGAGAACAUGUCUGAAAUGGCAGAAUUUGUUUACCAACUGUACACAAAGAAAAUGGAACAGAUGAAGGAUACACUGCCCACCGAAGAAGAACUACGCGCUAUGCGUAGACAGUUGCCUACGGAUGAUAACGACGAGAAUAACGAGGAACCUGUCGCUUCAACAGAGCUCGACGAUGAGCCACCUCAAAAACGUGCUGCAAAAGAAACUAAAAAGAAAACGGCAGCUGUAUUCAAGCCAACGCCCAUACUCAACGAGAUUAACGUGGACGAGGCCGAAAUGGAACAACAGGAAGCACCAGCUGACACGGAUACGGAGUCCUCCACGCAGCAAACUAAAGAACAAACCCCAAAAACAGACGAGUCUUAGUUGUUC